AUGUCAGAUUAUUAUUUUUAUAAACAAGAAGAGAAACUAAAAUCAACUCGAAAACCAACCAAUUUUUUAUCAGAUUCAGAAGAUACUAAUUCUCAUCCCUAAUUGAGAAAUGCAUAACGGUUUUUGUAAUUAUGUAUUUAUAGAAAGUCAGUCGUAAACCUAAAAUUAUAUAAGAACUAAUCAAGUUACCUUAACCAUAAGUUUAAUAUAUUACUCCUGUAUCUAUUAUUCUUAUUAUAAUUAGUACAUACCUGAACCCAUUCCAAUACCUGAAGCUAUUAAACAAAUUGACAAAAAAAUAUAAGCAUAUCGAAAAGUAAUGGAAAUAACAAAAAAACAAAAAGAAUUAUAAGAACAAUAAAGAAAUGUUGAAAAUGGAUUUAUUUAAAAAUAAUCUGUUGAUUUUUUGACUAAUCCUAAUAUACAAUUAUAAAAUUAAUAAGAUGAUGAAAAUGAAGAAAAAUAAACUCAAAAUUCAAAAAAUCAAGAGGAGAUUGAUAAUAAUUAAGGAAAUACUUUGUAAUUGGAAAAUCAAAAAAUGCCAAGAUAAUAAUUUUAUUCUGAAUCUGUUAAAAAUAGAGAUUAGAUUUAUGAUAAUAUGAUUGAACGACUUUAUGCAAAAAAAUAAAAUCCUGCUUUAUUUGCAGUAAUAAUUUUAUAAAAUUAAUUCAAUAUUAGAAAUUACAAAAGAAACCACCUGCUUUAAAUAUUACAUCAAAGAAUAAAAUUUAAUCAGGAAGUGGAAGGAUAGAUAUGGAAGAACAUAAAUUAAGAAUAUAUAAUAGAGAGAAUGUACCAACUAUUCCUGAAUUGAUAAUACCAACUUUUAUGAUAAAAAAAGAUUCAAUGGCAAAAAAUAUCUUGGCAUAUCUAGUAUAAAUUUUUAUUUAAUUUUUAGAAAGAUUAUUCUCCAAUUUAUAGAUAAUAGAAUCAUAAUGAAUAUCCAAAAUGUGUAUAAAACAUUUUAGAAGAUGAAGAAGAUAUUAAUAAUAAUCAUGAUAAAAAUUGA